GGCGCGAGGGCCAGGCGGGCGGGGUCUAACGGCGGCGGCGCGAGCUCGCCGGGGGUUGGCGCGCGAUCGGCGGCAGCCCUGGGUCGGUGGCGGGAGAGCGCCUCAGACCCGUUGGCAAUUGUCUGCAUGCGCUCCCUUUCCUUGCAAAGAUGGCUGGACUGGUACAGAAACCUAUAAUACAAUUGACUGGGUUCAAACAGCCUGAAAAAGGGGCACUUAUCAAAUUACUUACUCGGCUUGACUGUGUUUAUUUUCAUGAACAGGAAUACAAGCAACAGUGCACUCAUAUGAUAGCAAAUAAACCAACCCGAAGUGAGAAAUUUUUAGCAGCUUGUGCAGCUGGAAAAUGGGUCCUAACCAAAGAUUAAUAUCAAUGAUAGUGCCAAGAGUGGCAGGUGGCUCAAUGAAAUCCAAUACGAGUGGGGAUAUAAAAUUCAAAGUAAUACACAGUUGCCUGUACCAAUGGAUUCUGUACCAAAGAUAUGGCGUGAGGAGCUGGCUCGUUCUGGGAUACCAGGAGUGUUUCACAACUGGAAAGUAGUACUUCUCAUUAACGAUGAAGCAAAGAGAGCUUCUUUCAGAAGAGUCCUACAUGCUGGGAAAGCAACAGUCUAUCGUCAACCAAGAAGAAGCUGUCAAAUUACACAUGUAUUAACAGAAAGCAGAAACUACACUAUGGAAAGGCUGAGAAGUACAUAUAAGGCUCCUUAUUAUCCUGUGGAAUACAUUGGACAGUUCAUUCUGCAGCCUCUUUGUUCUAUAAUGCCAAACCAGGAUUUUGAGCUCUCGUGUAUGAAUAUUGUGGAUAUUGAUCACAUGAAAUCCAGUUCUUUUCUGGAUUCAACAUUUGAAGAUACGCAGACCUUGCAGCCAAGUUUCCUAGAAAGAAAGAGUGUAAAACCUGCUUUUACUUCGAAUGAUCAGAGUGACACACUAAAGCACAGACUUAAGAUGUGCCUCAGUUUGCCUGAGGCAAUACGAAGCAAAUAUGUGCCAUCGGGUGUAGCCUGCUGUUUACAUGCCUCAACUACAAGACAACACCAGAUUCGAGUAAUGUUUCCUGGAGUUACCAUUAAUAGAAUAGAAGGUAUUUUGGAGGGGCAGUUCUAUAUGGAAGCAUUGAAGGAAAUGCGCUUCCAUUUGUCGUCCAAGUUUUUUCCGCCAGCACGUCUUCUGCAAUCUUUCUUUCAACUGAUUCUGGAAGGUAAUGUAGGCCUGGGUUACUUGCACGAGUUCAUCAGCAUUAUGCAAAGUCUAAUUCUUAAUCAUCCACCCUGGCAACAUUCUUCCACAGUGGGUUACUAUAUGGAGAUUCUUCAGUGUUCCAUUUGUAAGAAAGGAAGUUCAUUUCUUUUUGAAUCACUGGCAAGUUCAGGCAAAAUUAAUUUCCUCUCCUUGGGGAAAGUUGUAUGA